UCCUUUUGUAUUCCUAGAGCGCGGUUCUGGGCCUGUACUAGCAAUAAGUAUAAUAUAAAGUCUUUUUACUACCCAUUGUAUUAAUAAAUAAAUAAAAUAUACCAUAAGCCAUAAGGCAUAAGUGCAGACUGCAGAGUAGAGAAUAUUAUUAUCAAUAGAGGAAUAGGCUAAACCAUUUCUAAUUUUUUUGCGCACCGGAAGUUCAGCAUCCUGGCGGGAAACUUUCGGCUGUUCUGACGAGAACGGAUAACAAUGAAUGAAACUAUUUAAACGUUGUGACGUCAUCGCGAAAUCCACCAAGCAAAGCGUUAAAACGUUCUGGCUCAGUAAUCCACAAUGGGAGCCAUAUUAUCUAGAACUUCCAGAAAUCCCGAAAGCAGCGAUCCUGGAUCUUUGGCUAAUGCUUUCCGUUAUCCACCAAAAGCUGGCUCAUACUUUGCUACGCAGUUCAUAAUGGGAGGGGAACGGUUUGACUCUCCCCAGCCAGAAGCAUACUUGUUUGGAGAUAACAACGAUUUGAAUUUUCUAAAUACAAAACCAGUGCCAUUUCCUUAUGUGAUGCCAUCGACUAACGAUCUUGCGAAACCGUUGAAAUGCGUCGUGAAUAUCCGACGGGAAAGUUUACGUCUUGUGAGAAUUCUUAAUGAUUACGGCAUGGGAACUGGAUACAACUUGGAAUUCAAUUUCGAUGUGGAUGUUCCCUGUUAUGUGCGGAUUAUGUAUUUUGCCAAAGAGGACGCCACGAAUCAUUCGCUAUCUUACACAUCCCGUGAUACGUCGCUGAAUUCCGAGAAGUUUUACUAUAAAGCCGGAGCUAACCAGCUGUUCAACCAAGUAUCCCACGUUUUUGAUCCGAGUAGAUUUUCGGAAGAUGAGCUGCUCUAUAACGAGGAAACAGAGGUUAUUCCUGUGGUAAUUCAAUGCGCAACUGAGGAUGAAGAAGAUGGGCGGCAGUGCCAUGCAACUCUUGCCGUCAUUGAGAAAUCUUCGGACGGAACAUAUUCGUUGAAGGCCUUAAAGCAAAAGUUGUACAUCCAAGGCUUAGUUUAUCUUCUACAGGAAGUUUAUGGAAUUGAGAAUAAAACUGCUGGCAGCACUGAGUAUGACUCUGGUGAUGAGGAAUACGAAGACAGCAGUGGAGAUUGUGUGGUGUGCAUGUCGGACACAAGAGAUACGUUAAUUCUUCCCUGUCGACAUCUGUGCUUGUGUAAUGGGUGCGCAGAAUCUUUGCGAUAUCAAGCCAACAAUUGUCCAAUAUGCCGAGCGCCUUUCCGAGCGCUCUUACAGAUAAGAGCCUUGCAGAAGAAAGAAUUGGGCGCAGGUGAUCACGGAGAUGCCGAUGAGAACGUCCCUUCGGGUUACGAAGUGGUCUCCUUGAUUGAAGCUUUAAAUGGCCCCAACGCAGUGCACCCUACCAGACAUCAGCGCAGCUCUCUGGAUUCGCCGACCCUGUCACCGAAAGGCAGUGGACCACGGCACCGAAAAAGAUCGAAAAAGCCAUCUAUUCCGAAAAUUGUGGCAGCUGGCCCAUCGGGCGAUGCUGGUGGACCGGUUUCACCUGGUGCAUCGAGUUUGAAGUCCAGUGGUGGGAAACAUGUUACUGUUGUGCACGAGACGGAGCCUCAGUUGGAACCAGGCAGUCCGACACAGCCUCAACGACUGCGUGAUCAUAUCGAAGUUAUUACGGAGAUUCCAAGUAGAAGCAUCAUUCCUGUUCGGCAUAUGGACGAUGAGGAAGACAACGGAAAAGAUUCUGAUCAGACGACUGACAGUAAUUCCAGUGCACGGAGUUUCAAUACUCUUCUCCGGCAUGGCUCACGGGAAUCCAUUAAUGAACCGGAUGACGACAAAGAUCAACCGGAUGAUGAAAAAGAAACUGAGAAUCUCCCGAAGAUAUCCUCUCCCGUAGCAAAGAAAGGGGAUAAAGAUCUGUGAAAACCUGGUUGUGAGGUUUGAUCAAUGAAAUUUGAAAUGCUGCUUGAUUCUGAUCUAACAUUGCUUACAGCAUCUCAUACUCUGUGCUUGGCUUUCAGUUUAUUCCAGUUCUGUAUUAAUGGGCACUUUAUGGCAGCUGUUUUAUUAUUAUGGAUUUCAUUCAGGUGCGCGCUGGUUACAUCGCAGUGUACAAAAGUUUAAUGCGUGGAAUAUCCGUCCGGUUUUUAGUAAACAUACAGAAUAUGUCACUUGUUUGUCGACAGUUUUUGAGCAUCACACCGCUAUGUAAGGUAACAGAUAUGUGAUUAUGGCAUUUCCUACAUAUAACUAAUGUGUACU